AACAAUCAACAUAGAAGUCAAAACUUGUUAAUUCUCGGACGUGUCAAAGGCUUUCCCAAACCCCUCUGCUGGUGCAUUUUAGCUUAUAAUUCGCUCCAGUCUAUUAGCCUAUAUAUAUAAGCAGCAAAUAAAAUUUGAAUCCACCUAACGAAAUGAAUUCAAUUCCAAUCCCAAGGCCAUAAAAUUCCCCAUAAAUUCUCAGAAUCUGAAUCUCAUUUAUGCAACGAGAAAUCUCAAUUCCUUCUGUAGAAAUAAGAAAUUUAAUACUUAUUUUGAUCAUUUGUAUACCUUUCUAUAAUUAUACAAAAUAAACAUAGGAUAAAUUUAUAUUCUUUAGCAUUUAUUGGAUUUGAUUCGUUAUCCAACUAUUCCGUAGUUCUCCGCUCCAGGUUUAUACGGUACAUAUUCAUAUACAAGUGUUUCAAUUUCUACUCUUUGUGUGCGUGUGUUUUUUGAAAUUUUAGUUCGGUUAUUGAAAUUUUGGAGUAGUAGAAUUGAGAAUUGAAGAUGAGGUUGUUGAAAGUUGCCACGUGUAAUUUGAAUCAAUGGGCAAUGGAUUUUGAUUGCAACGUGAGGAAUAUAAAAGAGUCCAUUUUUAGGGCUAAAAAAGCCGGUGCAGUGAUACGGCUUGGCCCAGAGCUUGAAAUCACUGGCUAUGGCUGUGAAGACCAUUUCUUGGAACUUGAUACCGUCACUCAUGCGUGGGAGUGCUUAAAAGAACUAUUGCUUGGUGAUUGGACUGAUGGCAUAUUUUGUAGUUUUGGUAUGCCUGUUAUCAAGGGGUCAGAGCGUUAUAAUUGUCAAGUGUUGUGCUUGAACAGAAAAAUAGUGAUGAUACGCCCAAAGAUGUGGCUUGCAAAUGACGGAAACUACAGGGAACUUCGAUGGUUUACAGCUUGGAAGCAAAAAGACCAUCUUGAAGACUUUCUGCUCCCAAUCGAAAUAUCAGAGUCUUUAUCUCAGUUGACGGUGCCUUUUGGCUAUGGUUAUAUUCAGUUUCUGGACACAGCUGUUGCAGCUGAAGUUUGCGAGGAACUUUUUAGUCCUAUUCCCCCUCAUGCUGAGCUUGCAUUGAAUGGUGUUGAAGUUUUUAUGAAUGCCAGUGGAAGUCAUCACCAGUUAAGAAAGCUUGAUCUUCGCCUUCGUGCUUUUAUAGGUGCUACACAUACCCGUGGAGGAGUUUACAUGUAUAGUAAUCAGCAAGGAUGUGAUGGUGGCCGCCUUUAUUAUGAUGGAUGUUCUUGCGUUGUUGUGAAUGGUGAUAUGGUUGCCCAAGGUUCCCAAUUUUCCAUGAAGGAUGUAGAAUUGGUGGUUGCUCAAAUAGAUCUAGAUGCGGUUGCUAGUCUUAGAGGAUCUAUAAGUAGCUUUCAAGAACAAGCAAGCUGCAAACCAAGAGUAUCCUCAGUAGCAGUACCUUACAAACUUUGCCAGUCUUUUAAUCUCCAAAUGUCACUCUCAAGUCCACUUAAGAUUCAGUAUCAUUCUCCUGUAGAGGAAAUAGCUUAUGGACCUGGUUGCUGGUUAUGGGAUUAUUUAAGACGAAGUGGUGCAUCUGGUUUUUUGCUUCCACUUUCAGGUGGGGCCGAUAGCUCCUCUGUUGCUGCUAUAGUUGGUUGCAUGUGCCAGCUUGUUGUAAAAGAAAUCACCAAUGGAGAUGAACAGGUCAAAGCUGAUGCUAUACGAAUCGGCCAUUACACUGGUGGACAAUUUCCAACUGACAGCAAAGAAUUUGCUAAACGCAUAUUCUACACAAUUUUUAUGGGAUCUGAAAAUAGCUCUGAUGUCACAAGAACCAGGGCAAAGGUGCUGGCUGAUGAAAUUGGGUCAUGGCACCUUGAUGUUUCUAUAGAUGGAGUAGUUUCUUCUCUGCUCUCUUUGUUUCAAACACUUACUGGAAAGCGACUGCGUUACAAGGUAGAUGGAGGAUCCAAUAUUGAAAACUUGGGAUUGCAAAACAUACAGGCUCGCAUCAGAAUGGUCAUAGCAUUCAUGCUAGCAUCACUUUUGCCUUGGGUUCACAACAAACCUGGUUUUUAUCUGGUCUUGGGUAGCUCCAAUGUGGAUGAAGGCUUACGUGGCUACCUAACAAAGUAUGAUUGCAGUGCUGCUGAUAUAAAUCCAAUUGGAAGUAUCAGCAAGCAGGAUCUUCGAAUAUUUUUGAAAUGGGCUGCUAUCCAUCUUGGUUAUUCAUCAUUGGCAGAAGUUGAAGCUGCUCCUCCUACUGCUGAAUUGGAGCCUAUACGUUCCAACUACAGCCAGUUGGAUGAAGUUGACAUGGGAAUGACCUACGAGGAACUCUCAGUAUAUGGAAGGAUGCGUAAGAUUUUCCGCUGUGGUCCUGUAUCGAUGUUUAAGAAUCUUUGUUAUAGAUGGGGUGCAAAAUUGACUCCAGCAGAAGUUGCUGAGAAAGUGAAGCAUUUCUCCAAGUACUAUUCCAUCAAUAGACAUAAAAUGGCAGUCUUAACACCUUCCUAUCACGCAGAGAGUUAUUCGCCAGAAGACAAUAGGUUUGAUCUACGCCAAUUGCUGUACAAUGCAAGGUGGCCAUAUCAAUUCCGCAAGAUUGAUGAAUUUGUAGACAAUCUAAAUGGUGAUAAAGUCACUAUUACAAAGUCAACUAACCAGGAAAAUGCCGAUGUUAAUUCAGAUGGUGGUAUGGGUGUUGUGGCAGCAGGUUCCAACAAUCCACGAGCUGGAUUUUAGGUUCCCACUCAAACUUGGAACAAGUAUCUCGUGGCAUACAUGGAUAAUUUACUGUCUUCUUUUCCAUGCUUUUCAUGUUGAAUUUAUCUAUUAUAAUACAGAACAGGAAUAAUAAUUUACUUGCAUAUUAUAUUAAUGUCUGCCAUUUUCUUAUCUAUAAUGGUUCGGUUUCUGAAAUAAGAGUACGAAUACCCUUU